UUUGUAUCAUUAAGAGGUCCGGAGGCGCUCCGGGGGAUGUGCGUCAAAUGUAAUAAUCAAAAGUAUCUCUCCUUUUGUGUUUCCCGACUGCCAUUGAUAUUAUUUCCGAAGCUAUAAUAACAUAUUCGUACCCGGGUAGUUAAAUACAGACGCGCUUUAUUUUUCGUUCCUUUUCUUCGCUUGCCGCGCUUGAGCAAAAUGCGACUAGAGGUUUCUUUUUCUCUCUCUUCAUAUUUCUUUUCCUAAAGAUUGUGUCCAAGAGAUAAGAAAAACUAUCGGCGACUACAAGUGUAACGGAGAGGGAUGGAGAACGCCAGCGUCGUGGUGAACACGACCGGGGCGGUGUGGACGUCGCGGCAGGCGGCCGUGUUCUCGGCGCUACCCAAGCCCUUCCCCGAAGCGUUGUCCGUUGCCGUCGCGGGGAUUGUCGCCAUGGUGGGCAUCAUCGCGGGCAACUGUCUGGUGUGCGUGGCUAUAGCGAAGGACCGCUCGCUCAAGGCUGUACAGAACUGGUACCUGGUGUCUCUGGCCGUGUGUGAUCUGAUGGUGGGGGCCCUCAUCAUGCCCUUCUCGCUGGCCAAUGAGAUCAUGGGUUACUGGUACUUCGGGCAGGUGUGGUGCGAGGUGUACCUGAUGAUGGACGUGUUGGCGUGCACGGCGUCCAUCUGGAACCUGUGCCUCAUCAGCCUGGACCGGCUCUGGUCCGUCACCAACCCCAUCAAGCACUCCAACAAGAGGAAACCCAAAUGGGUGUGCGGCAUGAUCACAGUGGCAUGGCUGUUGUCCUUGGUGGUGUGUGUGCCUCCGCUGUUCGGCUGGAAGGGUGACCAACUCCCUGACGGAACCUGCGACAUCAACGCCUCCUUCGAGUACUCCAUCUACUCGUCCGUGGGGUCCUUCUUCAUCCCCCUGGUCCUGAUGACGUCCAUGUACACCAAGAUCUUCAUGACGGUGCGGAAGCGUGGCCGCGGGACGGUCCGACUGCACUACAAGCGGGGUAUGCGCCCAACGACCUCUGGGAAUGAGAAGUCGUCCGGCAUCUCUUCCCAGAAGGACCACAUCCGGCUGACGGUUGACGGAGAGCUGGGGCAGAUCAUACAGAAGUACAAGUUCCAUCGGAGGAUAAUGGAGAUUGCUGAGCGGGCGGGCAUCGCUACAGAAGAAAAGGACCAGGAACUGGGUGAAAAUGAUGAUUCUACCAGUGCGGGCCGCUCUGUGAACUCUACAGCAGUGCUGGGGCCAGCCGCUCAGCACCAGGUGCUCCUGGCCCGUGGCCGUUCCCUGUCCAUCUGGCUGAAGAAAGAUGACAGUUCCCUCGAGUCGACCGGCGGGCAAGAUCUCGACCCGGCCGCCGCUCAGGCACUGGCGUUCCCGGGGACCAAGUCCCGCAUCAUGCACGUGCGGGAGAGGCGCUUCACCAUCCUACUGGGGGUCAUCUUGGGGGCCUUCAUCCUCUGUUGGUUACCGUUCUUUCUCACACUCUUCUUACAGGCUGUGUGCACCACCUGUCGGGACAACACCCCGCUUCUCCUCUUCAAGUUCUUCUUCUGGAUCGGUUACCUGAACAGCGCCGCCAACCCCAUCAUCUACACCGUCUUCAACAGGGACUUCCGUCGGGCCUUCAAGAGGUUGCUGUGUCGACGCCGAGCGAUGGGCCAGAAAAACGAAACUACGGGCACCACCGGGUGAAGACUAAUAGUCGAAAACCAACGCUCUGCCGUGACGUCCACUGUCACCAUGCGAUCCUGUCAGCCGCUGUCUGGAACAUAUAAACAGAACGCACAAUUGGACUUUGCAGCGACAAUCCCAAUUGAUCUUGUACCCGAUUCCAUUGGUUGAACUACUAAUUGCCAGUCUCUUAUUGGUUGGAACACUAAUUGCCAUUUUUUCAUUGGUUGAACUUGUAAUCGCCAUUAUCUCAUUGAUUGAACUGCUGUCACACUCUCAUUGGUUGAACCGCUAAUUGCCACUCUCUCAUUGGUUGAACUGCUAAUUUACAUCUUCUCAUUGGUUGAACUGCUAAUUUACAUCUUCUCAUUGGUUGAACUGCUAAUUUACAUCUUCUCAUUGGUGGAACCGCUAAUUGCCACUCUCUCAUUGGUUGAACUGCUAAUUUACAUCUUCUCAUUGGUUGAACUGCUAAUUUACAUCUUCUCAUUGGUUGAACUGCUAAUUUACAUCUUCUCAUUGGUUGAACCGCUAAUUGAUCUUCUCUCAUUGGUUGAACUUCUAGUUUUGAUGGACAGCCAGGAUCGGUCUUAUAGACCAACAAAACACCAACUUCAGCCACCAAACAGAAACAAGUGCGCAUCCUCCACAAUCUUUUGGGGGUAAUCUAUAGAUUUUGUAAAUCGAUGUAAUAUCAUAAUGUAAACGAAUUUGUGACUUGAUGAGCACAAAUAUAACGUUAUUUUUAUGGAUGGAUUAUUAGGGGAAAAAGCUAUAUAAAGGAAGUGAUAUUUUAAGGAAAGGAAAAGAAAAGUCAUCUUCAGAAUGAAGGUUUUUACCUCCUCGCACAAUCGCACAAGCGUAAGGCCAUUUUGGUUUGAUUGUAUCGAUGACAUCCUCUGGGAACCCUUUAAACCGAUGCGAGCGUACAAAAAAGGGUUGAAGAAAAAACGUUGCUUCAUCAUGAAAUCUAUAAAGUCAUCACGAAAAUAGAAGAAAUGACCAAUCACUCGGAAUAUGGAAUACAGAGCAGUAGAUUCAUUUUUUUCACAUUGUCUUCUUUGACCUUGGAAUUGGUUUUGGUAAUCUAAAAUUGACAUCAGUAUCCGUUUUCCAAUAUUCGAAAACUUUCUUUUUGCGAAAGUUUAUUCGCGGGUAGAUUCCAUCUAUGUAAUCAAAUCAACACGGCCUAAUUUGUAUAUUAACUGUAUUUUGAUUAUUGUUCACAAAGUGCCAAACUUUUAAGAGACAAAAACUGGAGUAGAAAUAUACGAGAACUUAUUGGUAACGUUUCAAUGUUAUUUAUUGUAUUGUCGUUUGUCUUCAAGUGCCAAUGACGUUACAGGGAACACGUAUAUAUAGCUUAAACCACAGCUCUCGAAAAACGUUUUUUUGAACAGCGAAUAGUGUAUAGCCAAAUUUAAAUACAUAAAAUUGCAACUUUCAUAAUGUUUGUUUCUCUGAUUAUCAGAAAUGUUACUAUGACGUCAUGGGCAGAGAUAAACAAGUUGUUUACCUGUAGGAAUAAAGAACUAGAAUAGUAUUUCUAAUGUUUGAUACGUUCAAUAACACCAGAAGGAUGUAUAUUUUGUGCAAGCGUCUUUGUCCAUUGAAUAAUACAAUUACUAUAUAUUCUAAAAAUGUUGUACAGUAUUUUGUAUCAUUAGUACUUUAAACUUGAAGUCUGUCUUAAGACUAUAAAGCAGAAUGAUAUAGUUCGGAAAUUAAGAGUACAUUGUAAUAACAGAUGAUUGUACAUGUACAUUUUGUAUUUGAAAUAGAUGAAUUGUGGCACAGUGAUUCAUUGUUUGUGUUAUUUCUAACUCUGUAUAUUAUUGCAUAUAUCAAUAUAAA